UGGUUGCCCUACAACCUUCGAUGGUAUCUGCUUCUAAUUCCCGUUGCUUUCUCGCUAGCUCUCACCAUGGCUGUUUCGGCCCUCAGCUGGUAUUCCCAGACAAAUUACGGCCUUGGCAAGGACGACGAUUCGUCCAUACUACUGUUUGGGUGGAGAUUUAUGCCUACUCUCGUCGCCGUUCUAUAUUGCCAGCUGACGGUAAUGCUUUUUGAAGACGUUAAACGGACAGAGCCGUUUUCCCGAAUGGCGAGACCUGGUGGAUCUAGCGCACUAUCCAGCAUACUGCAAGGGCCGAGGGCUUGGUGGCAUGCUGUUGUUGAUGGUUUCUCCCCUAAGAAAAUUGGUGGCCGGAGAAGCUGGCUCCUCGUGUGUUCCUCACUCAUUUACAUUAUUGGAUUCCUUGCGAUCUCUCCGCUGUCCUCAUCUCUCCUUACCUCUGAGGAUGUCAGGGUCAAAAAGGCGACUGCUUUCAACCGGAUAGUACCAACAGGGAGCGAUCCAAUUUCAUUAGAACCGGACAGGGACACCUACUUCCGCACGAUUGGUAACGUCCUUCACAGCACACCAACUUCUGCGUGGAUCAGUAAUUCAUAUUUCAUCAUGCCCUUUUGGCCAUCUGAGUUCAAACUCCUCCCUCUUGGCCCAUCUCUCGCAUCGACUAAUAGAAAUUGGACAGCACCUACUACCAUUAUGACCACCGACUUUCAGUGUGAGCCAAUGAAGUUCUUGGAUACCGGGAUGAAUUCGAGAAAUAGAACACUUAUCCUUGGAUCUGAAAACAACACCUAUGCCGAGAUCGAUACGACUGAUUCGCUUUGGUUUAGCAUGGAGUCCUCUAGCGGCUGUAAAUAUAGCUUGGAAUUGGAUGUUUCCCAGAGUAUGGUCCGAUACGGAGGAGUCAUAUGGUCCAAUCUGUCGACCCUUGUUGCCAAUUUCAUAGACGGAACGGACCAGAAUAAAUACCUGCAGACCAACAUUUCAGCUGAUUGCCUGGAUAGAGAGCUUCUUUUGGUUACCACACCCUGGCUUAAUGAUAAAAGCAGAACUCUCGAAUCUGCCUUUCCGCCUAACUUCACAGUCCAUGGCGAACUCUGCUCCUCAUACUACUAUGCCGCACAACUACCGACUACUGCGGAGAUUUUAACGCCUUCCUCCUCGAAAAUAGUAUUCAAUCAAGAACAAUACCUGAAGGUGAGGAAACCACUAUCUGACGACCUCCUGGAUGUGAAGAAGCUUCAUGCGCUAGCAAUGGACGAUGACUGGGCGCAAUACCUGACGGCACCAGACUCAUCCCUGCGACCAGGACAAUUUAAUGGAGUCUCCUCCGUCCUCGGAUUGUUGCACGACUUUGACGUGUGGGGUAUGGUGCAGGCGAGAGAUCUACCUAGUGAAGCAAGGAGCUUUAAACAGCGAUUCAUGGGAGAACUCCUCUAUUCCUCCUUGCUACAGAGAUCAAUCGCGGAAUCGCAAGUUCAAACCGCCCAAGGCCAAUCGACCUUCAUAGAGCGGCGGGUGGUCGUGAUACUGGGGGUGGGCAUUCUAAUGGCCGCCUUCUUCUUCGUCUCGUUCUGUCUACUUGUUCUAGCCUUUUGGCUCUCAAGACUGCAUCAGAGACCUCUCAAUUUAGUCGUUGAUCCGGCUACACCACUUGGAGUAGCGUCUCUUGUCGCUAGUCACCGCGAUACGCUUACCUCCUUACAUGCGCUGGAUCAGGCCUCGAAGAAAGACCUACAGAUGGCACUACACGACCGGAAGUAUGCCACGUUCCCUAAUGUGCUCACUGAAUCAGGAUACUGCGACGAAAAUCUUGCCGCCAGCGACAAUUUCAAGUCAGCGACAAAGAUAAGUUGGAUACCACGAGUGCUCCAUCUUCGAACCCUUUUGGUGCUUGUCUUCUACCUUAUUAGCCUUACCGUUGGAUUAGCCAUCUUGAAACAUUAUGCGGACCUAUCAAAGCUUUAUCAAACUGCAUUCGUGUACCAGGCUAGCUUCAGCGUCUUCAACAAGCGGUUAUCGACCAGCGCGCCGUAUUCCAUUGUCCCAACGAUAUUUGCUGUGGCUAUUGGACUUUGGUGGGACUCGUUAGAUAAGACCUUCCGCACCCUACAACCAUAUAUAUCGUUAUCGAAAAGAUCACGGAGCAUUGCUGAAGGCGCAGGGUUGUCGUACCAGUCUUCUUACUGGACCUGGGCUGCUGUUAAGGCUGCAAAAAAUAAGCAUUGGUUACUAUUGAUUCUCACAAUCGGUAGUACGCUAAGCCAAGUGUUUAUUAUCUCCAUGUCCGCCCUAUUCGAAAGAGAACCUGAAAACACGCUCAUUCCUGGGGCUGCGUUCCGGACUAUUGAGUUGCGGCAGGUCCCUCAGAUCGAUAACGUGCUUUUGGUUCCAGGAUAUCCAAAAGCCUUCGCCGCCCAGGUAAUGUCCAAGGCCUAUUCGGAUCUAGCCACAAAUUGGAUCUACACUGCCACAAUCCAACUGACCCUAGAUGGGCCAGAACCAGCAUGGAGUCGCCAAGGGUGGAGUUUUGUUCCGGUCGAUAUUUCUGCUUUGUCGAAUAUGACAACCAAGUCGCUUCAGCAGACUGUACACGGCCAGGAUAAUCCGAAUGAGGCACUCAUCUCCACGGCUAACGUCUCCCUUACCACUACUGCCAUUCGAGGGCGCGUGGAGUGUAGUUGGGUACCAGAUAUUAGCAACAGCUCUUCCUGGCUGAUGACCCAAGAUCUUACUAACAAAACGAUCUGGAAAGUGAGCUCAAAUCCCACCAACCUUAAAACAGGAUACGAACUUCCACGAGUGCUAUUCCCUAAUUCACCUUGGAAUAGUUCCGCGCUUUCCCACCCAGUCGUGGCAUCUUGUUGCACAAACCGAAGCAGCGACGAAAUGCAGGACAGUGCUAUUGGGUACUGGUCACCUAACCAAGGCGGAAGAUUUCCAUUCCCGUCUGAGACCUGGCCGAUCAACUUUACAUCAAAGUGGAUUCUCGGUCCAGCACGGACGGAUUAUUACCAACUUUACGAUAAUGAGACCGGUCGCCCCGCCCAUUUACUGUUCACAAAAGUUCCCGAGAUUCAAGCCCUCAACUGUAUUCCGAUAAUUGAAACCGCAGAGGCCGAUAUCGCAGUUGAGCAGAGUACCGGACAUGUUUACGGUUAUAAGAUAUUAGGAAACCCAGUUCCUGCUGAGCCAGCUUGGAGCGAUCCUUUUACAAUUAGGGCUAGCUCGUCCUUGAACGAUACGUCGUUUCGCCAUAAUGUUACCACGAGUUACGGCAUUUUAUUCGUCAACACUCUCCUCGGUGCUGCUCAAAUCACUCAACUCUCCGGCUCAGGUCAGACGUCCAAGUUUCCAUUUGAAGACGAAUACGUACAACUUGAGGACAAAGCCUUCAACGUCCGAGAUGAGACUAAGGGUCUUAAUCUCGACUUUAUGAGCUACGCGAUGUACACCAUGGCAAGCAAGGACCCAAAGGCCCUCCUCGACUAUGACACACUACUCAAUUUAACCCAGAUGACGUUCUCUACGUACUUUCAACACUACGUUAGCAGCAACUACUCCCUAGACGAUGGAGGGUGGGUUUAUCAGAAGAUUGGGGAGCAGCCCAAAGAUCUCCAGCCUCCACGACUGAAUAAUGGAAGCACGGGCUCUCCCAGCGUCUAUCCUUCUCUGAACACGAAUCGGACGGCUGCUGUAGUCGUUUCAAAGCGCAUCGAAGUUCUACGAAUGAAUGCAGUCGCGACGUGGUUAUCUAUCGGAAUCUUAAUUUGGCUAACCUUGACAACUAUCCUGAUUGCUGCGCUUCAGCGAACGUACUUCAGCUCACUGAUCCGCAACAUAGAAUCACUGGGAGACGUCUUGGUACUGAUUGCAGGCAGCGAAAACCUAUUGAGAUUAGUACGAGAUAAUGAUUUCGAGCAAUUAAGGAAGAAUCAGGAUGUGCUGACUCGACUUGGUUGGUUCCAGGGUGUUGAUGGUAAAAAGAGAUGGGGCUUGGAGGUUGUGGGUGGCGACCGCCCGGUUACUUGGAUUAAUUGGUAUGAGGAUGAGCAGAACGUGCUUAGAACGGGCACGGCGAAGUCGAGUAGGUUUGAGAGCCUAAGGAGUCGGACGAAGACUUUUGGCCUUUAA